AUGACGCUCGAGAUGACGACCUGCGACGUGUACGAGCCGUCCGGAGGCAAGGGCACAUGGACGGCCGACGAGCACGACCGCUUCUUGACUGCCAUGCAGCUCUACCCGAACGGGCCGUGGAAGAGCAUCGCGCAGGUCAUCAAGACGCGGUCCGUGCGCCAGACGCAGACGCACGCCCAGAAAUACCGCGAGAAGCUCGCGCGCCACCAACGCGGUCUCCGGGUCCAGCACGCGUUCCGGCCCGAGACCGAGCCGGCCCCUACUUGCCUUGAUUCGCCGCAGCCGCUGCCCGACCUUCCCGACUGCCUCGACUUCUUCCUCGACGUCCUGGACGUCUCGUGGUCGACGGCCGAGGUCCUCGAGCUCUAAACCGUGCCGCCGUCCUAUUUAAUUGUUCCUAAUCUAGACUUGUUAACCCAUCGUAUAUCGGACGAGCUUGAAA